AUGGGACCUCAUUGGGGAGGUUACAGUGCACUUAAAUAUCUCUUUGUCUUCGGUGCAUCCAAUUGUGACGUUGGCUAUAAUUCUGAAUGUCCGCCACCAACUAAAGAAGAACCUCUUGGCGUUCCAUUUCCCGGAAUAACGUACGCCGAAGAGGGUAAGCCUAACUGGGUCGGAUACCUCGCGCGGGACCUCUGUCCAUCCGGGUCUGGAGAUGUCCAUCCCCUGCUUGUUUUCGACUAUGCAAAGGGCGGUGCAAUUGUCCCAGAUGUUGUUUUGCAAGUAUCCGACCAGUUCGUUGAGAAAGCCGGCAAGAAACCGUCCUGGGCUCCCUGGGCCGCAGGGAACUCCCUGUUUUCUACGUGGAUUGGCGGCAAUGAUUGCGGACGAAAGUAUCGUUUUGAUCCAGCAGAAAGUAUUGACAGGCUCUUUGAAAUUCAAGAGAAGCUAUACGAAGCGGGAGCACGCAACUUCUUAUUCAUAAACCUUCCUCCUAUGAAGCGCUCGCCUUUGGGUUCAUCCCAGGGAAAGCUUCAGAGGUCGAGUAAGGAUCCUUACUAUACUUGGAACACAAUUCUCCGGUCAUACGCACAUGGAUUUGCAGACGAACACCCAGAUGCAUCUGUAUUCGUCUUUUCAGCAUGGAACCUGUUCAGCGAGAUACUUGAUGAUCCAGUGGCACACGGGUUUAAUACGGACGACCCAAGCAGGGCAUUUGGAGGAAUCUGGAACGAUACUUUGCAUCCAACGACGCGGGUGCAUAGACUGAUUGCAGAGAGUGUUAAGGAUUUCCUCUGUAACGCAAAGGUAGGAGAGCACGAGGAACGCAUGCCGGUGUUAUUUGGGGAAUGAAAGUCCGGUUCAGAGGCGAAGUUGUCUAAAGGAUUUGAUCUCUU